AGUGUCGCGCCAACUGCUGACGGUGUCGCAUGUCGUGUUGUAACACUAUUAGUUUACAAAACUUCCCGAAGUACGAGUGAAUUUAGUAAAAACAAUAUAAAAACGAAUUUACGUCACUAAAUAUCGAUAAACGAAUUGAAUAGUGUUGUGAAGCAGUGAGGUCUUUGUAAAAUAAUUUUUGCCUGGUCGAAAGGCAUAAAAACAGACUGUGUUCCGAAAUCCGAAUGUUAUCCAGCAAUUAGUUUAGUAAAAGUGAGUGCGUGUGUAGACGUUUUAUGCUUCAAUUAAGACUAGAGCUGUUUUAUUUAAUUCACCAUCGAUCUAAGUGCGUGGAAGGAAUCGGGAUCACUAAUGUUGAAGUUGGAGUCUCCGGAGGUCCGCAUGUCGCUGCCGCUGGAGCCGCGGGCGCCGGACCCCUCGACGCUCGCGGCCUAUUGGGCGGAGUACGAAGACCUGUGCCGUCAGAUCAGCACAGCGCACCAGAACGAAGAUGACGAGAACCUUUACGAAGAAGGCGAACUAGAAACAGAAUGGCUGCAAGCAGCCGGACUGGCAUCCCUCGCAGCGCCCUUCCAAGAUGGACAGGAAGUGACGGAGGCCCAGCUGGGUGAGGCCGUUAGGCCUUUGCCCCGAGAGCAGGCCGCCGCAGUGCGCCGCCGGGUACGAAGGCUCAACCGCACUGUGAGGAGGAAACGCGCCGCUUCCAGAGCGAAGAAACCCGAUAUCCGAGAUGUGUUCCGUGAUUUGGAGAACUCGAGCGGCAGCGAGCCUAGGUCGCGUAGUGCGACCCCUGAUUCGCUGGACUCGCUGCCCAGCGGUGGAUCCGGCAGCCCACCCACAGAAUGGGCCGACGCUGCCACACCGCCGGACUUUGUCGAUAGGCUCGGAGGCGCGGCGCACGCGCCGCUUGGGCGCACGCCGUCCGCGCCGUCCGCGGCGCCGCGCCGCACGCGCCUCUCCCCGCGCCCCUCCCCGCCCGCACACUCGCCGCCGCGAGUGCACGACCUCUUCAAGCCAAACGACCUGCACUGGGCCGACAUCGCCUCUAACACCGAGGGCAUAGAGCUUCUGGGUUACCAAAGAUAUGGAACAGUUCAGGGACCAAGAAUAGGAAAGGAACGAAUCAACGGAUCCAUUCUCAAAGACAGUGACACUUUUAUCAACAAGCACGCAGCCGUGUCUCGUACUAAGAGCGCCGUGGCACAGCAGCCGCUGAGCUUCGAGCACAAGUUCAACCUCGACCGCCAAGUACUGCACCAUGAGGAGGAGUGGCCAGAAGAGGAUAGCACCGUCGACAUCGAGUCACUCAACGAACCAAUGCUGAAGAAACUGCAGCCAUUGCUCUGGCUGGAGCUGACAGCGCUCUUCGACCGCUACUCACUGCCUUUCCACAAGAGGAAACCGCCGAAAAAGAAAAGGAAAGAAGAGGGUUCAGUAUUCGGUGUUUCACUAGAGACCCUUCUCCGCAAAGAUAUGAUCCUAUGGGAAGAGACGUGGAGUUCAGUACCGAGUAUACUGCGCGCUAUUUCUUCGGCGCUUCAAAUGCGUUGCUCUGAUGAAGGAUUAUUGCGUGUUCCCGGAAAUAAAAAUAAGAUCGAGGCGCUGUGCCAGUUGAUCGAGCGCGAGUGGUACAGCGCGCGGGAGCAGGUGGAGGCGGCGCUGCAGCGCGCCACCGGGCACGACCUGGCCGCCGUGUUCAAGCGCCUGCUGCGCGCGCUGCCGCAGCCGCUGCUCACGCAGGAGCUCAUGCGCCUCUUCUACCACACCUACGCGGUGAGCGGCGGUGCGCAGGCGCGCGCGCUGAACCUGCUGGUGCUGCUGCUGCCGGGCGCGCAGCGCGCCUCGCUGCGCGCCGUGCUGCGCCUCGCGCGCGCCGUGGCUGCGCGCCGCCACCUCAACAAGAUGGACGACCACAACGUCGCCAUGAUCAUCGCGCCCGCACUCUUCCCGCCCAGUCUUCUGAUUAAGCCGACAGACAGUCUCGAAACUCAGCUUGCCACGGCGGCCAACAGCUGCCACGUGACUGAGGCACUCAUGCGGUGGUCGGAAAGUUUGUGGCAGGUCCCCGCUUCCCUGCUAGCCGCAGCACAGCGUAAGCCACGUUCAAGGCAUGUGCACACCUGACUUCAACACUCUGGACUAGUGAAUCCGAUCUAGUGAAAUGUCGAGUGAUGAUACAUAAAGGACCUUAAAGUGCUAACCAAACUAUAGCUUCCUGUUUUACGUAAUGUACUGGAUCUUUGGUGCAAUUGAUUUAAUAAAAUAUAGCUAGCUAUGUAUGUCAAACAUUUAAAGUGCCUUGAAGUGUCGAAGCACGUCAUAUAGCUGGGGAUACCUUGGAACUCUUAUCACAUAGGAGCUUAAGAGUAAUACCAAAUUGUAUAUAUCAUUACGCUGGUAACAUUCAAUUGACUGUAGCAACAUUGUGUUAUAUUGAGAUGUAACUUAUGGAGUUUUGGCGGGAAAUUGACCGGCGGCGGUUUGCUGCUCCUGUAUUAUUGUUUAAAUAAUGGUUUGAAGUGGACUUUGAUAUGUAAAAGUGUUGCGAUUUUGUGUAUUAAGUGUCUACGCAUGUGAACUAUUAGUGGAAACAGUGAAACAAGUGCUCUGAUGGUGAUGGAUUCUCAAGAUAAGCUGUUUGUUUGCAUAGGCACCUUUAGAUACCAUCGCCAACUAUCAGCUGUCUGCUGGAUCAAGUUGCCGCCAAAAUCUCCCAAGAACUGCACAAUGUGACGCAUCAACAUAUUGUGAAGCAGUAUACUAUGAAGGAGUGGGGAAAUUACAAUAAACCGAAUAAAAAUACUUAAGACUUGGCCUAAAGGUCUAGAUACCAGGCCAUAAACUUCAAAAAAAAAAAGAUGUAACUUAUAAUUAUUGAUAUUAUAAUAUAAAAAGUAAAAUAAUCAUCAAAGGAAUUAAUAUAAUCUCUAUGUACAGUGUCUCUUUAGUGCUUGAUCCUCCGGACUGGUACAUUGGAAAUUAUGUCGGUUACUAGCUGAUCUUUUUGCUUUCCCCUUUCCGGUAGGUGCCGUUAUAAGUUUUACUCCUGACUUUUUAUAUCCUAAAUAUAAAAUUUAUAAACAACUUGACCACAGCGCCACCUAUCGGGUUCAGAUUUUGUGAUUUUAUGACCCUAAACCAACAUAUUAUAUUGUGGGUAUGAGUAAUUAUGGACCGUAAUUAAAGAAUUUGUUAAUUACUUGCUUAAUAGCACAGCUAUCAGCCACCGUCUCUAAGUCAAAUUGUUCAGAAAUGACUAUUACACGAUCACUAGUCGCACCUAUGCUUAUAUAUAUAAAGGUGAAAUUAUUGAACAUGAAAAUAUUAGAAACCAAACUUGACUGAGAUAUUAACUAGUUUUGUUCGAGCAUAGAAUACAAUAAAAAUUUCCUUAGCUUAAAAAUGAAAAUAGUUAUUCAAGUGUGUGAAAUAAUAUAUUUUAUGUUUACAUCAGAGCUUAAAUUCUAUUUCAUUAGUUAAGACCAACUAAGUUACUAUUUUGAUAAAACCAAAAUAGCUACACACAACAUGUAAAAAUAGCUAAUUUUCAACAAAUGUUAAUGAUCUCUUACUGACAAAGGUUUCACUAGGAGUUGAGAACACAUUCUGUAUUUUAAAAUGGGACCAAAAUAAGGCUUAGAAUUAUAACUUAUUGUGAAUCAAAACAAUAAAUAAAUAAGGAAUCCUAUGUCAAUUGUUAUGCAUUAAAAUUAUAGUAUUAAUGAUUUUUAUUCAAAUUAACAAGAAUCUUACAUAUUAUCUAUUUUUACUAAUGUAAAUAUAAAAAUAUGUAAUUGAGUGAGGCUUUCUGAGGCCAGUAGCGAAAAUAAAUUAUAUCAAUAUGAAAGUAAAUAAAUAAUGAACAUAACUAUAGCAAAUCUUAAAAAGCAAUAUUAUUAGUCAAAAAUAGGUGGUAACUGUGCGCUUAACAUAUAAAUUUUAAAGUUCAUUUAUCAUUAGCUAACAUUAUUAAUGUGUUUGUGUUAAGUGUGCUAAUUGCAAAGGGUAUUUAAUUUUUAUUGUCUUCCAUUUUUGUUUUCACAAAUGUUUUCUCAUAAUAUGAACCUAAUGUAAAAUUGCACCCAUUAAGUAAGUUCUAAGUUGUCUACACAUUAUACAGACCUAUGGUUACCCGACUACGGCUACUGUAUCAGUCUAUGCCAACUAUAUUAUGUACAGCUUCAUCUAUUUUAAUUUUGUGGCCUGAUUUUUAAAUCUGAGCAUAUUAAAUCUAAAUGGGGAAAAUAAAUGACAAAUUGUAGCAAUAUUGUUUGGCCGUAGUUGGGUUUAGUUUCUUAAUCUUUAUACUUGUUUAGUGUGCUGUUGAUUCGUCAGCAAACAUCAGUGAGUGAUAUAGUUAAAUGUAUUUAAUUAUAGCGAAUAAAUCAUAUACUCCGUGUUAAUUAUUAGUUAACGCAUUUAGUGUGGUAUAUAAAAAGUGAACGAGAUGCCAAAUAAUCAUUUCUAUUCUAAUAAAGUGAUAUUAUAUUGAAUAUUAUUCCAGUCUUCGAGGAGUCUGGUGUAUUUCCUUUCUGUUUAUAAAAUUGACUUCUAUCUUUUUGGAACUUGGUGCCAUUUGAAUUUGGUAGGUUUUUUUGAAAGUUACCAUUUGGCGAAAUCUUGUAUUCAUGGUUGUUAAUUGGAGCCUUAUGUCGAAAUGAUAUUUUACUUAGGAAUUUAAUAGAUCAGAAUUCCGUUCGUUAUGUAAAUACUAUUUUGUAGGGCGGACUAUUGUAAAAUAUCUUACCAAUGUGACUAGGCAAGUAAAGACUGACUUGGUGUAUUUUAAGCUAUGUAUAUUGAUAUUAUUUCAUAAGUAUAUUUACUUCCACUUUUAAAUAAAAUAUACAUGUAUUU